GAUAGCUAAAGAGAAGAGAGAGAAGGGAGAGCUGGAAUCACAUGGGCUUGUUCUUCAUCUCCUUCUUCUUCUUCUCUUUGUUUUUCUCCAAAUUCUAAUCUCUCACUUAUUCUUCUCUCCUUCUCCCUUCUUUCUCUCCUCUACCGCCAUUACCACCAUGAUUGAUCUCUAGCUUUACCUAAUUAAUCAUCCUCUGCACAGCAAUAUAUCUAAUUAACCACUAAAACCAGCUCUUUUUUUCCUUCUUUUUCACCUCAUCCAUGGCUGAUGAUAAGGAAAUGGCGGCUCGGGUUGUUGACGCUAACGAUCCGGUUACUGGUCACAUCAUUUCGACUACUAUUGGAGGCAAAAAUGGAGAACCUAAACAGACAAUCAGUUAUAUGGCAGAGCGGGUUGUGGGCACUGGGUCAUUUGGUAUAGUUUUUCAGGCAAAAUGCUUGGAAACUGGGGAGACUGUGGCUAUAAAGAAGGUUUUGCAAGACAAGAGAUACAAGAACAGAGAGCUGCAGUUGAUGCGCGUGAUGGAUCAUCCUAAUGUGAUCUCGUUGAAGCAUUGCUUCUUUUCGACGACAAAUAACAAUGAACUUUUUUUGAACCUGGUCAUGGAAUACGUUCCGGAGAGCAUGUAUCGAGUUUUGAAGCACUACAGCAAUGCAAAGCAAACUAUGCCACUAAUUUAUGUGAAACUUUACAUGUACCAGAUUUUUAGGGGACUGGCUUAUAUCCACACUGUUCCUGGGGUUUGCCAUCGAGAUCUGAAGCCUCAAAACAUUUUGGUUGAUCCCCUUACACAUCAAGUUAAGCUGUGCGAUUUUGGAAGUGCAAAAGUGCUGAUCAAAGGUGAAGCCAACAUAUCAUACAUCUGUUCUCGGUUCUAUCGAGCUCCAGAGCUUAUAUUUGGGGCUACAGAGUACACGACCUCUAUUGAUAUAUGGUCUGCUGGUUGUGUGCUUGCAGAGCUUCUUUUGGGCCAGCCACUAUUUCCUGGAGAAAAUGCAGUGGACCAGCUUGUAGAGAUUAUUAAGGUUCUUGGUACUCCAACGCGAGAGGAAAUUCGCUGUAUGAACCCAAAUUAUACUGAUUUUAGGUUUCCACAGAUUAAGGCGCAUCCUUGGCACAAGGUUUUCCACAAAAGGAUGCCUCCAGAGGCAAUCGAUCUUGCAUCCCGACUGCUGCAAUAUUCACCAAGUCUACGUUGCACAGCACUUGAGGCAUGUGCACACCCUUUCUUCGAUGAACUCCGAGAACCCAAUGCUCGUCUACCAAAUGGUCGAUCUUUACCGCCACUCUUCAACUUCAAGCAGGAUUUAAACGGGGCAUCUCCUGAGCUUGUUAACAAGCUUAUCCCUGAUCAUGUGAAAAGGCAAAUGGGACUAAACUUCUUGCACCUGGCUGGGACAUGAUAAUAUUAAUAUAUAUAUAUGUAAUGCCAGAAGAGGGAUAUAAUUGAUAAUCUGCCAGUUGUGUUCUGAUACGAAGGGGUACCAUCUUUUGUGUUUGAUCGUCAAGCAUUAAGCUCUGACCAGCAGCAACUGCACUAAAGCUUUUAUCAGGAGACGUACAGGAUCAAGCGGCUGGAUGGCUGCACAUUGUUGAUGUGUUAUUUCACCACGUUUUUUCCCUCAUCCUAUCCUCUUUUCGUUCUCGCGUUUUUUUCUUUUAAUGUAAAUGUUUGAUAGUAAAAGAUAGCAUGAGAUGGACUUAUUAAUAUUAGCUGCUAGCAGAGGUAAAGAAAAGAGAAGCUUGAGAAAGUAUCAUCAUCUGUAGCUAGGAAGAAAAAGAAGAAAGCUCCCCCAAGGAAAAGAAUAGGGGGCGUCGUCAUUGCUGAAUGUAGUUCGGGUUUGGUGUAAUCUUGCUGUGUUGUUUUUGUAUUAGUUUUUUGGUGACUUGUGGUGGCUGACUUUUAUAAAAAGCAAAACAAUUUGUCAUCACUUGCUGUUUUGUGCAAAGUAAUGUUAUUUGGUUCUCUUCUGCA